UCCUGUUUUGGUCUCUUUCUCUCACUUUGAUGAAUUCAUAGAAAUUAUUAUGAUGAAGUGAAAAUAGUACUAACCAUCUUAAUAGUAUAGUACUAGUAUCUGUUAUUUCUAAUCUAUCAAUGUUUUUUAUGUCUCUUUCAUUCAUUUUAUUCACUUGCUUACACAAACGGCAACCUUAACUACUAUACUUACUCACACCAACUUAUUCUUCUCUCUCUCUCUACACAAUUCUCUUCAUCAACCAUCAAGUAAGAGACACCUUCACCCUUCAUUUAGAGCAAGGAAUUCUUUUAAUCCCAUUAUACCCUUUACAACUCAUAGUUCUUAGUUCUUACCUUUGUGUUUUGUUUUUUAGUUGGAAUUUAUAUAAGGUUUAUGUUUUAGUAGGGAUCAUAGGUUUAUGUUUGGUUUUUUUCACAUUAAUUAUAUGUACAAAUUUUUAGGUGGAGGGGUUGGCCUAAUUUUGUUUCUUUUUUCUUUUUGACUUUGGUGUUGAAAAUUUGAUCUUUGUGAUUAGUGUUUCUUUGAUGAUUCCAAUGAAAAUUAGAAGAUCAUUUAGAAUUUUUAGUUGAAAAAAAAAGAAGGAAAAAAAUGCCUCAAGGUGGAAAAAAGAGGAUACAUUUUAGCAAACUAUAUUCAUUUUCAUGUUUCAAAUCAUCAUAUAGAGAUGGUCAUUCACAAAUUGGAAAAAAAGGGUAUUCAAGAGUUGUUCAUUGCAAUGAUGCUGAUAAUUUUGAAGCAAUUCAGUUGAAAUAUGGUGGAAAUUAUGUUUCAACUACCAAGUAUACAGCAUUUAAUUUUAUACCUAAGUCUUUGUUUGAACAAUUCAGAAGAGUUGCAAAUAUCUACUUUCUUGUUGUUGCUUGUGUUUCUUUUAGUCCUUUAGCACCUUAUACAGCUUUAAGUAUUGCUGCACCUUUGGUGGCUGUUAUUGGUGCUACUAUGGCUAAAGAAGCUGUGGAAGAUUGGAGAAGGAGAACACAGGAUAUAGAGGCGAACAACAGAAAGGUUCAGGUAUAUGGGAAAAACCAUACAUUUGUGGAGACAAGAUGGAAGAAACUUCGUGUCGGUGAUGUGAUUAAAGUGUACAAGGAUGAAUACUUUCCUUCUGAUCUUCUUCUGCUUUCGUCAAGCUAUGAGGACGGUGUUUGCUACGUUGAAACAAUGAAUCUUGAUGGAGAAACUAAUCUAAAACUAAAGCAAGCCUUGGAAGCGACAACUCGUCUUAACGAUGAAAAAUCUCUGCAAAGGUUUAGGGCUAUGGUCAAAUGUGAGGAUCCUAAUGAAAAUCUAUACUCAUUUAUUGGAACUUUUGAGUAUGAAGGUGAAGAACAUCCUCUUUCGUUGCAACAGAUCCUUUUAAGAGAUUCUAAGCUGAGAAAUACAGAAUAUAUAUGUGGUGUUGUCAUCUUCACCGGUCAUGACACGAAAGUGAUGCAGAAUUCUGUUGAUCCUCCAUCAAAAAGGAGCAAAAUUGAGAGAAAAAUGGAUAAGAUAAUUUACAUUCUCUUUAGUACCUUGGUUUUGAUAUCCUUUAUCGGAUCUAUGUUUUUCGGUGUCGAUACCGAAAAUGAUAUUAAUAAUGAUGGAAGUUACAGAAGAUGGUAUCUUCAUCCGGACGAAACAACCGUAUAUUACGAUCCUAAAAGGGCAGGCCUUGCUUCGAUUCUUCAUUUUUUGACUGCCCUUAUGUUGUAUGGAUAUCUGAUUCCAAUAUCACUUUAUGUGUCGAUAGAAAUUGUGAAAGUUCUUCAGACUAUUUUCAUCAACCAAGAUCAAGAAAUGUAUUAUGAAGAAUCAGAUAGGCCGGCUCAUGCGCGGACAUCUAAUUUGAAUGAAGAACUUGGUCAAGUUGAUACCAUAUUGUCUGACAAGACCGGUACGUUGACAUGUAACUCCAUGGAGUUUGUCAAAUGUUCAAUAGGGGGUGUUCAGUAUGGCCGUGGUAUUACGGAAGUGGAGAAGGCACUUGCUAGGAGAGCGAAAAACGGGGAAUCUGAAGGUGAUGCUUAUUCAUCUGAUUUCGUGAAUGAGAGUAGCGAUGUUGUGGACUCUCAGAAGACAGUUAAGGGCUUUAACUUUAAAGAUGAACGAAUAAUGAAUGGACAAUGGAUUAAUGAACCACAUCCGGACAUCAUAGAGAAAUUCUUUCGAGUUUUAGCCAUAUGUCAUACAGCUAUUCCUGAUGUAGAUAAAUCGUCGGGAGAAAUUUCCUAUGAAGCCGAGUCACCGGAUGAAGCCGCAUUUGUCAUAGCUGCAAGGGAGCUUGGUUUUGAGUUUUUCGUUAGGACACAAACAAGUAUUUCGUUGCAUGAAUUGAAUCAUGAAAGCGGAAAAAAGGUUGACAGAGUGUACCAGCUUCUGCAUGUCUUAGAGUUCAGCAGUUCGCGCAAAAGAAUGUCAGUGAUAGUGAGGAACGAGGAAAAUAAGAUAUUGCUCCUAUGCAAGGGUGCAGACAGUGUGAUGUUUGAAAGGCUCUCACAAUACGGAAGAGAGUUUGAAGCCGAAACUAAUAAUCAUAUCAAAAGAUAUUCCGAGGCAGGUUUAAGAACUCUUGUAAUCACGUACCGUGAACUUGGCGAAGAAGAGUAUAAGCAGUGGGAAAAGGAGUUCUCGAAGGCCAAAACCUCUUUAGCAGCAGACCGAGAUGCACUUGUGGAUGCAGCUGCUGACAAGAUGGAAAGAGAUUUGAUACUUCUUGGAGCUACAGCAGUUGAGGAUAGACUUCAAAAAGGGGUUCCUGAAUGUAUCGAAAAGCUUGCUAAGGCAGGAAUCAAGUUAUGGGUAUUGACUGGGGACAAAAUGGAAACUGCCGUCAACAUAGGGUAUGCUUGUAGUUUACUUAGACAAGAUAUGAAACAAAUAGUGAUCACUCUUGAUUCAUCUGAUAUCAUAUCAAUAGAGAAACAAGGGGACAAGGAGGCUCUAGCGAAGGCCUCUCGUGAAAGCAUCGAGAAGCAAAUUAAUGAGGGAAUCUUACAAAUCGAGUCAACAAAAGAGAGUUCCGACACAGCAAAGGAAAUUUCUUCACUUGCCUUGAUAAUUGAUGGGAGGUCAUUGGAGUACUCCCUCAACAACGCUUUGGAGAAACCAUUCUUUAAGUUGGCUAGUAAUUGUGCUUCUGUCAUAUGUUGCCGGUCUUCACCAAAACAGAAAGCUCGUGUUACAAAAUUGGUGAAGUUGGAAACCGGGAAAACAACUUUAUCUAUUGGUGAUGGUGCAAAUGACGUUGGUAUGCUUCAGGAAGCUGAUAUUGGAGUUGGAAUUAGUGGUGCUGAAGGGAUGCAGGCUGUAAUGGCAAGUGAUUAUUCAAUCGGACAAUUCCGUUUUCUAGAGCGUUUGUUGUUGGUGCAUGGCCAUUGGUGUUAUAGAAGAAUAUCAAUGAUGAUAUGUUACUUUUUCUAUAAAAACAUUGCAUUUGGAUUUACCCUUUUUUGGUUUGAAGCAUAUGCUUCAUUCUCCGGUCAAGCCGCUUACAACGAUUGGUAUAUGUCAUGUUACAAUGUGUUCUUUACCUCACUACCAGUAAUCGCUCUAGGUGUUUUUGAUCAGGAUGUUUCUGCCAGACUUUGCCAAAAGCACCCGUUUCUAUAUCUAGAAGGUGUAGAGAACACCCUCUUCAGCUGGACUCGGAUUAUCGGCUGGAUGUUGAACGGAUUCCUUAGUUCCUUGCUAAUCUUCUUCUUAACCACAAAUUCCGUCUUAAAUCAAGCCUUCAGAAAAGACGGUCAAGUGGUAGAUUUCGAAAUACUCGGUGUCAUAAUGUAUACUUGCGCAAUUUGGGUUGUGAAUUGCCAAAUGGCACUUUCAAUCAACUACUUCACUUGGAUCCAACAUUUUUUCAUUUGGGGUAGUAUUGUCCUUUGGUAUGUGUUCUUGGUGGUUUAUGGUUAUAUAUCUCCAACCAUAUCUACAACAGCUUAUAGGGUAUUUGUGGAAGCAUGUGCUCCUAGUCUUUUAUAUUGGUUAGUUACCCUUUUUAUUGUUGUUUGUGUUCUUUUACCAUAUUUUUCUUAUAGAGCUUUUCAAAGUAGGUUUCUACCAAUGUAUCAUGAUAUAAUACAAAGAAAACAAGUAGAAGGGUCUGAAUUUGAGAUUUCUGAUGAGUUACCUAGACAAGUUCAAGGUAAACUAAUACAUUUGAGAGAAAGAUUGAAGCAAAGGGAACCUUGAAAUAUGUAAAAUGUAAAUAUGGUUUGAAACUUACAUUCUUGGAAGUGGAAUUGUAUUUGGUUUGUUGCUUAGUUUGAAAGUGAUAUUCAUUUAGUGAGCAUUGGAAAUAGCUUUUUUUAGAGUUUAUUUCAUUAUUUUUAUUUAUUUUUACAUUUGACGUAGAUUAGCUAUGUAAAGGUUGUAUAUAUUGUUGGAAUUUGUUAAUGGAAGCAGAUAUACAUA